AUGCCAUCCUCAUCGUCUCCAGUGCUUGAGGACGUAUCCUCCAGUGCUUCAACUGCCUUAGUUUCUCCACCCUUAGACUCUAAUGCAUCUCUUGACUCUUCCACCGUCUCUAAUAAUGUACUAGAAGCCUCCAAUAUCCCUGACUCACUCUACCUCGUGUCUCCCGCUUCUUUAAACGUCUCUAGAUUCGCCCCAUUUGAAGAGAGUUACAACGACAUGAAUGAGCUCCGACGAGCGCUGAAAGUGCUUUCUGUACAGAAAAAUGCCCCUUAUUAUAUGCAACAUAGCAGUCCACAACGUGUCGAAGCCCGUUGUCCGUCCUGGAGACAUCGGAAACGUCAAGUAGAUGCCGCCAAGAGCUCUGAAGUAACACUAAGGAAUCGCUGUGAGUUUGUCGUCUCGGCCAAUCGUCACGCUAAUGGACGAGUAUAUGUCACUCGAGCAAUUGUUACACAUUCGUCGACAUGUGCAGUACUUCAUGCUCGACUUGCAGCUAGUACAGAAACAGGCACACAUGAAACAGGAACAGGAGCUGAAGAUACUGGACGUGCAUCGGCCGUCACGGCCUCGGCACUUUUAGAAACGGUCUUACCGUUUAUGAGUCAAUUAGCCACUUCUCGAGGUGGACGAGAUGCCGUGAAACCAAAAGAUGUGAGUGCCAUUAUGAAGGACAAAUUUGGAGUCAAACCGUCGUAUAUGACGGCAUGGAGAGCGUUGAGUGCAUUUCGAAAACAACAAAAGGAAGACGAUUCGUUGUCGUAUAUGAAGUUAAAAGGAUAUUUGCAUGCAUUUGCAGUGACAAAUGUGGGAAGUUUGGUAGCAUUUGAACAUCAAGACAACACACGGACGACACUUUUGGCUAGGACUAAUCCGGAUGCAAAACUCUUUGCACGUGCGUUCUUGUGUCCAAAACCACUACAUGAUGCACUGAGAUAUUGUCGUGGAUCGAUGUUGCUUAGUGUUUUCUUGGUGACGUCGACGUUUGGAGGAGUUGUGUUUACGGCAACGGCACAGGAUGCCAUGGGUGACAAUGUACCAAUGGCUAUUGGUCUUGCAAUUGAGGAGAAUGAAGACGAAUGGCGGUUUUUCCUGCAGCAACUGCGACAUGCUUUUCCUGAUUUGGAGCGCGUAGUGACAUCGCUCGUGCACAAUCGCGGCGAUCAACUUGCUCGCGCUAUUCAUACUGUAUUUCCCAACUCGCCGCAGUCCAAUGAUGUUGAUUUUUUCAUACGCACCGCCACGCAUGACGCUCCUUUCUCGGACUCGUCUUCUGGUACCUCAAUUACAAUUGGAACGCAUGGUCCAACAUUGCGUCUAGAUCCGUCUAUGCAGUGGAUGGAAGCACUGUGUACUAAAUCUCCACUCAUGAUCCUUGUCGGUUGGGUCUCUCAGGUGGCCAGAACACUAUUCCAGCGCUACGAACGCUACGGACACCUCAGCUCAGAGUACCCUGCUGAGUUUCACUCACUCGCGGCAGAAUACGAAGGGGUAUCGUCGCGUUUUGACGUAGUACGCACUUCCGAGAGCGAAUUUGAGGUUAUCGACCAGCAGACCAGCGUCGGUCGGGUAGUCAACUUUGCAAAGCAGACGUGUACUUGCGGCGAGUACGACGUUGCGCGCUUUCCGUGUCUUCAUGUGUUCCUUGCGGUGACACACGCCGGUAUGCUUCGGACAGACGUGAUUCCACGCAUCUUUCUCAUGACAUCUCUGAAAACGCUUUAUGCUGGACGCAUAACGCCAAUUGAUAUUAGCAAUGUGCCGUCAGACGAGAUCACGAUUCCGCAGCCGUUGCCAAAAACGCGUGGCCGGCCGCGCAAGGUACAGCAAAUUCAGCAAUUUGGUGACUUAAAGCAGGAAAAGCUUUCAUGCAGUGUGUGCGGCGUGAAAGGACAUAACAAGCGCACUUGCAAGCGUCUUACCAAUAUGUCUGUCCCGACUGCCAGCACUGCUAAUGUUGGAGAGGUGCAGGCGGAUGACGUGGUCAAUGAUCAAGACGACACCACGUUCCUUGUGUCUACAUAUGGUGAUGCUCUCGCUUUUGACAACCCGGCACUGGGAGGCAAUGGAUCGGAAAGCCACAUCAGCAACGGGCAGGUUCUACACCUAGGCUCAAGCAAGCGCCGACGCCUGACUGAUCAUGACGGCACGGCGGAAAAGAAAGCCGAUGAAGACGACGAAGACGAGGCCUCCGGUGUCGCGCUGGUAUAA